GAUUCAAUAGGCUCAACAGUUUCUGAAUUCACUUACAGUAGAGUUUAAAAUUCAGCUCCAAUAUUUGGAUGUCUGUUGGAAUAAUGUUUUCAAAUCUUCUGAAGUGUGCUUCAAGUUGACAUGUUUGAUUGUAAGAUUAUAGCUAAACAAAAACAAAUUUCUAAAUUUCAGUAUACAGCAGUAACUAAAAUUGUCUUUGUAACCUGAAUGAAAUUGUCUUUGUAACUUGGAAUUGUUAAUUUUAAUAUUACACAGUUUAAAUAUUAAACAAAUUGAUCACAAAGCUUUGUAACAGAAGUACUAUUCCUGUAAUUGUAUAUUUACCUGGAAAUUCAGUUGGGGCAAAGACAUUUUUCUACUUGCACAGGAUACCACUAUGCUGAUAGAGAAUAGAAAAUCCUAGCCAAAACCUUUCAUUAUUACAUUUCUAACUUUUAAAAGAUUCAUUUAAGGUGAUAAUUUCAGAAGAUGUAUCAUGUUUUAACAAAAUGCUAGACUAAUGUAUCAAUAGGAAUCUCCUGUUCGUUAUGUCAAUUUUUGGGGCAGGUAAGUACAAGAUUGAAAAAUUUGCAAUUUUCUGUGUACUGUUUGGAUCUUCAUUAUGGGUGCAAGAAGAUAUUUCAGUUCAAUUAAGAUGCAAAUGGCAAGGGAAGAUGUUUCAUAUUCUAUAUUUUUACUGGAAAAGGAGGUAAAUUUUUCAAAGUACAUUUUGUUAAACGACUAGUUGAAAAGUUUUUUAAUGGAUGUUCCCAUUUACUGUUGAUAUUCCAUUCUUAGCUAAGACACUUUAGCUGGAGAGACCUAAUCCUUUGGAUCAAAAACUGAUAAUCCUAAAUUUCUGUUGGAGGCUAAUUUGCAGCCAUAUUCUUUGAUUCUGUUGCUUCACCAAAAUCUCUUUUGACCUUAAACUGCAAUUUUCCUCGGAUCAAUAUCUUUUGAGAGUUCUAGAGUUGUGCUGUCCAUUUACAGGAACGCCUGGAGCAAUAUUUAAGUAUGUAGAGGAAUCAGUUCCUCAUUUUGCUGCUGAGUGGCCCAACAAGUUUUAAGGCUGCCUUUUGUUAAUGAUUUUCUUUACCAGAGAAAUUAGCUUCUCUCUACUAAACCUGAGUUAUUUUAACACACUUAAACUUAUGAGCUGCAGGUGGGGGUCUGACCAACUGAGCUACAAUUUCAUCCUCUGUUACAGAAACACCUGUCAAUUGGGAGGAGGGAGCAACAUAAUGCCAUAAUUUUUUGAUUACUUGACUGACUACCAGCUUUUUAUGAUUUAUGGACUUGUAUAUCUUUGAUCCUCUGCACUUCCAGUUUCCAUUAAAAAAAAAUAUUGAUUAUCUUUUUGGGUCCAAAACAGAUCGCCUUUUGCAUGUGUUGAAUCCAUUUCUCUAAAGUUUCAUCACUUUAUAGGUUGUCAGUUUUUUCAUAACUUUCUGCUCACAUUUCCAUAAAUCUUUCUCGUAUGGCAUGAGCUGGAGACAAAGGAAUCUAACUAUUCCUCCUUCAUAUGAAUUAUUGACAAAUAUGAUGGAAAAACCCAGUUCUUUGAGGAGAUGCCACACAUCAUACUCUUCUCGAUACAAUGUAUCCUCCAUUUUUAGAAGGGGAUUACUUAUUAAACAAAAAGGGUAAAUGUACAGAUUGAAUUAGGUCUGGGAGCCAAGGCCAAGUUAACAUUGGGGUAUGAAGAGUGUGACUGAUGGUCAAUCAUGAACAAGUCAGAGGAUCACAUUUCUUUCCCAUGUAAGACUCUAUAAUUUAGCAGUGGUAUAAGAUAAUGAAGUAAUUCUAGAGAUCAGGUAGGUCAGAAAUUUUUACUCCCAUUUUUCCUGCUUUGAAGAACUUUGCCUGGCCCAAAAUAGUGGUUAUAAACACAUUGACAUAAUUGAUAAGUUCCAGCUUUCAGAUAGCUGUUUCGGUAAGAAUUAUAACCACAUUUAAGGUUCAACUAGAACAAUAGUAGUAUUUGUUUUCAGUAGUCAUGAGAACAGAAAAGUACAAAACAUUAUCAGAAUUGGAAAUAAAAUAGUGGGUUGUUAUUAAGCUAAACUCUAUUACUUUGGAUUUUAUUUCCAUUAUCGCUUUAAAGUAUGCAGCCUGUAAAUUCUUGUGUAUAAGGGUCUUCUCAGAAAUAGUGUUUGUACAAAUGUGGUGUAAAUAUAUGUCAUGGCUGACAGUAAGGAAAUUGAAUCCUUCUGGUUGUUAUCUGGCUUUUUCCCAGCAGUUUUUCUUGUAGCUACCUUUUAUCUCUAUAUAUGCUAGCUCCACCAUAGCCUGUCCAAAAGUGACUCAGGCUGUGAAAUUAAAUCAGUGGAGUGAUACAUUUUGACAAAAAAUUGUUAAUGAAAAUUUAAUUGAAGUAAAAUUCCAUUAAACUGUAUUUUAAUAUUUUAAUUUGUAUAAUCCAUUGGUAAAUAUGUAAGGCAAGAUUUUUAUUUCCCAUUAAAUGUUGAUUUGGAAUUUGCUCAUGAAUUGGCUUCUACACAUAGUACAGUAUUGGCUUCUAUCAAGUAUGGGAAAAAAAUUGGUACUGAAUUGCCUGGUUUAAAACUUCAAAAUGCUUUAUCAAUUUGAUGUACUGGGGAAAAACAUUUUUAGAAAGGAACAAAAUAUUCAUGAAGCUGAACAUGCUAACUUGGUCACUGUUUAUUGUAUAAUAGCUAAUAUUCUCUCUACAGUGUGUGUGCUAGUGUGGUACUGCAGGUAGGUGGGCUGGAUAUACAAUAACUAUAUGCAGCCCAACCCUAUUACCUAGAUGUUGUAUAAUAGAAUUGCAUUCAUUUAUGAAAGAUCAGUUGCCAAGCAGGAUGGAACAAAAUGGAUUCCAAGUUAUUUUUUAAAAAAUAUUUAACUUUUUUUUCAGUAAGCUUGUUAAUUUAACAUAGUCUUGAUCAUUUGUAAUUGAGAAACCAAGCUGGAGGAAGAACAUUUGUACAACAGGAGCUACCAAUGUAGGAACAGAUUUCCAGGUAAAUUAAUUCUUAAAUUAUGUCAACUAAGAUUUUAUAAAUGAGGUCAUAAGAAGGUACAGCGGGUGGGAUUGGAGUUUUACAGUUUUUCAAUAAAAUGAGAAUUUAAGGAAGAUACAGUCAAUUGAUGCAAAAUUCCAAUCAAUGAGUGAAAAUUCUCAUAUCUAGACUCAGUUUGAAAAGUUGAGAAGGAUUCAGUCACUGAAAUGGACAAAUUAGCAGCUGUUACAUUGUUUUUCUAUAUUGUCCAGCCAUGUGAGAAAAUAUUCUCUUGUAUAGAAGUAGCAUUUGCAUUAUCAGAAUAAGAGGUUUGUUUGUCCAAAUGCCACUUUUCUGUGAGUCGUACAACAUACAAUAAUGUUGUAAAAGUUCCAGUGGUUGAAGCAAAAUAAAGGAACAAGAAUAGAAAAUAAUUGAUUUGUAUUAAAUUCUAUUGAAGAAUUGGAUGGGGGACAUUAUCUUGUAAGAUACAGCAAUCUGCCAAUAUUCUGCUUAAUGAAUUUAGGGUAUGAUAAUAAAUGAGGCUGGGAUACGUGUUUUGCAGAACCCUAUAUCCAACCAAAAAAGGAUGAGAUAAACUACUAACUGCAAUAAGUGGUAGACAGCACAGUUGAGGUAGGAGAACAUGCUUCUCCAAGUAUUCAAAGUAGAGCAGCAGAGAUGUAUAAUGUGGCAAAUUUGAUGAUAAAAGCAAUUUACUUUACAAGGUACCUUGCUUAAUAACAUGGCUAUAGAUUAAGUUCUUGGGAAAUGCAGUACUGGGAGUAAAGGAUAUUGAAAAUGACAGUAAGGUUUUACGUCCAUCUGUAAACAAAUUAUAUCAACCAUGCUUAUACUUAACCAACCUUUUAUGGGCAUCUACAUUGCAACUUAAGAGGACUUGGACUUGUGUAAAACACAUAGUUGCUUUUUAAGUAUAAGCAUAUUGCAAAGGUACCAUUUCUUUGAACUAUACUAUGUCAGGUAAAAUUAAAUAUACAGUGGAUUUCAGUUAAUUGGGACAUAUCAGGACCAGUUCAUCUUGGCACAAAUAAGCGUCUGCCCCAAUUAGCUGAAGUUUCAUGGAUCUAUUUUAAAAUGUAUUUUAAGUAAAAGCCAAACUACCAUUUAACUGAGUAACAAAUUAUGUAUUUUUGAAUAAAAUCAAGAACAAUUUGGAAGACUACCAAAACUACUACAGUAUUAUAAAACUAUUAGUUCUUGAUUGUUACCAACAGAAAAUUUAAUCCAGUGUCUGCCACUGUAUUCUUUUGAUUCACAGUAAAUGAACAAAAUCAUUGCAGACACCCAGUACAGACAGUGGACUGCCUUCAAACAAUGUAUUCAGCAAAUGCAUCCUUCAAAUUUUCAUUUUCACUGUAACAUUCAAGAUGAUUGCUCAUACUUUCAAAUUCUUUGUAGAUCCUAACUUGUUGAAGCAGUGAAAUCGUUUCAUUUUCACUCCUGGCCAUUUCUGCCAUCUCUAAGCCUUAAUCCUUGAAAUUGCAAUGAGCAGAACAGUUCUGAAUUGUCCUGCUUAUUUCUAGCUGACUAUUAGUGACAAAAGUCACUGAUUUUUGAACACAAACACACACAAAGUGAUGAUAUUUAAAACCAGUUUGCUCGAAGCACAGUAUAGUGUGUAAUGGCCACACAAGUGCACGUGUCUGAAGCUAGUUAGAAACUGUUGGCCAACAGUUUCCUGUCCCAAUUAAGUGACAGUGUCCCAAAUCAAUGAAGAAUAUCCUGGUUAUUUUCUCGAUUAGUUUUUGUUCCUUAGGAGUUGUCCCAAAUAAGUGGCUGCCUUGAUUAACCAAUGGCCCAAUUAGCUGGACUCCAGAAUAUUUUCUGAAUUAAAAGAAAUUUAAAAAAAAAUCAAUUUGGAUCAAUUUAGUGGAAAGUCGUAUAUAGAAUGUGAAAUAAGGAAAGAGGGUGGGGAUGAAGGAAAUGUAUUUGUUCAAUAAAGUGCUAAUUAAAUUUGAAGGAAUGAAACCAAUGUUUAUAAAGGUAAUUUUUAGAGCUUGUUUCCAGUAAUUAAUCAUAUUAAAUUCAGAUACAUUGGAAUGGGUGAACUUAACUGUUAUUUGGGCAUAUUUAUUGGUAAAUGCCACAUCUUUUGGCCUGCGAGUGUUUCAGCCAAAUUGGAUGGCAGCUUUCUAAUUUGCAUAUUAUAUAUGAAUGGAUGCUCAAAUUUGUCCAGUUUACUUAAUAUUAUUGAAUUCUUAUGGCUUCACUGCUCCAAAUUAUUAAAUUUAGGCCAACAUGUUUGCAAGAAAACAUUUCAAAUGUGGCAAGUUCCACUUAAGUUUUUAAACUGAAUUUGGAAUGGAGGAUCAAAUAAAUUUCCCAGUAUUCAGCACUGAUUUUAAAUAUUUUUUUUAAAACACCAGAUACAUUCAGCAAAAUGUUGGUGACCUGUUGGAACUUGUUAAAAUUGUUCAUUUCCUUUUGUGAAAUAGUCAUAUCAUGAACAGUUACAGUAGCAUAGUGGUUGGCGUGACGCUAUUACAGCUUGGGGUUUUCCAGAGUUUGGAGUUCAAAUCUGAUGCUGUUCUGUAAGGACUUGCUGUAUGUCCUCCCUCUGGCAUGUGUGAGCUUUCCCUGGGUGCUCAGGUUUCCUCCCACAGUCCAAAGACUUGCUGGGUUAGUUAAUUGGUUAUUGUAAAUUGUCCCGUGAUUAGGUUAUGGUUAAUCGGGGUCGUGGGGUUGCUAGGGAGACAUGGCUUAGGGCUGGAAGGGCCUACUCCGUGCUGUAUUGCCAAAUAAAUACAUAACAGAUUAGCAAGUCUUAUGGCCACUGAAAUGAUUCUCAAUCUUUCAUGAAGCAUAAUGGUGAACUGAAUAUAUAUUUAGCAGUUAAGUAUUGAUUUUGCUGCAGCCACAACUGUUUUGAAGAACUUUCACAACAGUAUUAUAAGAAAUGACUCUCAAUGCAGUUUAGACUAUAAGUCAUUCUGUCAUGGUUGAUGGUGAUUCACGUUAAGAAUAUUUUUAUCUAGUGAUGAGGGAGAAGUUCUAACAUUGUAUAAUUUAUAAUUUAUAUAUGGUAUUGUUCUGUAGCUAUAGGGGUAUGACUGGUAGCUUUGUAGAAAACUGUAGAAUGGAGCCAUGACAUGUACACUACAUUUGAUGGUAGCAAUGGAUCAUUUAGCCUCUUGAAUGCAAUUACUCCAGCACUUGUGUUAAAGGUGCAUUGCUGUCAAUGGUACUUACAGUGCAGCUGUAAGUUUAGGAUACCCGCACCCAUUCAUGUGCCUUACGUGAACCUCAGAAGUGCAAAUCUUUUGGAAAACCCGUGGUUUCUCCUUUCUGCAUACCCUGAGACGGCCGCUGCCCUCCGGCGAACUGUAGAGGCGCUGCUGGAAAAUGGAGCCGUGGUGAGGAACCUGGAAAACCUAGGAGAACGGACACUGCCGUACAAAAUAUCCAAACACAAUCUGCGGCACACCAGAGGCGGGUACUACCUGGUGGAUUUUGAAGCAUCUCCGACCAUUCUCCCCACCAUGUUGGAUCACUUAUGCCGUGAUAUUGACGUGAUCAGGCCUACAAUACUCAAGCAACGGCCCCCAAAGUCUGAGGAAAGCUGCCCAGGAUUGAUCCCACCCAACAACGAUGCUAAACUGCAUUCUAAAAGAAAAUGAUCUUGUAUUGCUUAAUAGUUAAAUAUUUAAAAAUGUAUAUGGUCAAGCAUUCUGGUUGAAAGCUUUUGAAAGUAUACCUUAUUAAAUGUGAGAUUUCCAA